UUGGGUGACGAGCACUCACGCGACGCCGAUCUGAGGGGAAGCGUAAAUGUCACUUUCCUUUCGUUUUUACUGUCAGUUUUAAAUUAAAACGAUAUUAUAAUCAUCGUUAAAGCAUGUAUUUUGUCUCCUCGUGACUGUGAGUCGCGAUAAGAGAUGAAAAAAGCGAGAAAGCGACUGCCGGCGACAUGGAGACAUGAAGAACAGUUGCCCUGGAAGAAACAGAAGCUCCUGGACAUCCAUCAGGCCCUGAACAGUGACCCCGUGGACAUCGAGACCCUGCGGUGGGCGGCUGUGAGCGAAGGAGGUUUGCUGACGGAUGGCAUCAGAAGAAAAGUUUGGCCCACACUCCUCAGUAUCAAUGUGUACAAUCUACCUGCCAAACCCUCCAAAGAUGUCCGAGAAGACCACAAAGACUACAGACAGGUGGUGCUUGAUGUCAGGAGAUCAAUGCGGCGUUUCCCGAAAGGCAUGCGUGUGGACGAGCGAGAGGUUCUCCAGGAGCAGCUGAUCGACAUCAUUCUGGAUGUUUUGAGGAGAAAUCCUCAGCUGCACUAUUACCAGGGUUAUCAUGACAUCGUGGUGACCUUCCUGCUGGUGGUGGGAGAGAGGAUGACCAUCGGAAUCAUGGAGAAGCUGUCCAAUCAUCAUCUCAGGGAUUUCAUGGACCCCACCAUGGACAGCACAAAGCACAUCCUGAACUACCUGAUGCCCAUUCUGGAGCAAGUGGACCGAGAGUUACAUGACUUUAUGAUAAGGUCUGAGGUGGGCACCAUCUUCGCCCUGAGCUGGCUGAUCACAUGGUACGGUUACGUGCUGUCAGAUUUCCGGCAUGUUCUGCGGCUCUAUGAUUUCUUCCUGGCGUCUCACCCACUCAUGGCCAUCUACUUCGCCGCUGUGACUGUGUCUGUACAGACAGAAGGAAGUAAAGAGCAGCGAGUGUGAUAUGGCCAGCGUUCAUCACCUGCUGUCUCAGAUGCCUCAGGAUCUGCCGUACGAGGAGCUGAUUGGUCGAGCUCAGAGCCUGUUCAUCAGCUGCCCGCCCUCUCUGCUGACCCAGUCUGCAGCGCUGCAGCUACACAACAUAAUCGCCAUCAGCACCUUUACAGACUUCCAGACGUCCACGCUG